AUGUGUAGUUUUCAAGGAAGGAGACCAGAAAGAGCCAAAAUGUAUCAACAAAUUAAACGACGUCGAACAAGUACAAGUGAAAAUGAAACAACAGAAAUCUUACAGAACCCAACAACCAUUUAUGAGAUGUCUGAUGAUGAACUGUUAUUGGCAUCUCAAGCAUGUGAUGAAAUAUGUCAGAGUCAGAAUCAGCGAUCAUCAUCCGCUUCAACAACAACUACAAUGCCUCCACCUCCAUCUCCGAUAUCAACGACAAACACCGUAUCAACAUCACACAACCUACUAGGACCAUCAAAAAUUGCAAAUAUAAACAAACCGCCACCACCACAACAACAAAAUCACGUACGGGAUAUACAGAAAAAACUUGAUAAUAAAGAAGGUGAAAUUAAAAUCUUGAAACAGAACAUCAAUCAAUUAGAGCAAAAAACCGCAAGAUUAAAUAAAGAAAAAUGUGAUUUACAAUAUGCACAACAUCAACAAACAAAUGAAACCCAAAAGAAACUACAAAUCGAAUUAGAUAGUUUAAAAUCAAAACUUGUUUUCAAUGAAAAAGAAUACAAUGAAUUACAAAAACGAUUUUAUCAAGUUGAAGAACGUUAUAAAGAAAGUGAAAAAACAAGUUGCCGUUUAUUAAGUGAAAUUAAUCGUUUACGAUCGUUAAAAACAUCACAAAUCCAACAACGGCCAUCAACAGCGGCAACUAUUGUUGCUCAUACAGAACAACAAUCUCUUGGACGUUUUCGUCUUCUAAAAACAAAUUUAUCAAAUUUUUCAGCUUACGAAUUACUAAGGCCACGUUUCUCAGUAAUGUCUAUUGAAUAUUCGACAACAUCGAGUAUACAAUUACUAAUUGAACAAAUACGUCCAAAACAAAUAUCAUUAAAAAUAUGGCAAACAUUAAUCGAUAUCCUAUUUCUUAAUAAUAAAACUACAUCGAUUGAAAUUGAUAUGAAAACAAUGACAGCUUUCUAUAGUAUGAUCAUGGAUGUUUUACAACUAUUCAAUGAUCAACAGCAGUCAAUGGAAAAUAACAAAAAUUUAGUUACUCAACAAUUUAGUGAAGAGCAGCUUGUCCUUUAUCUUGAUGCAUGUUGUCAUUUUUUAAAAAAUACUGUCAAAUCAUCAUCAUUGUCUGUCGUAAUCUCAUCUCCAACUUUAACCGCAACAUUUGGACAAACUACCAUUAAACAAGAAAUUGAAACUGUUGAUGAACAACAAUCUUCUCAACGUUCGAUGACAGCAACUGUUCGAGCAACCGAUUUAUCCGCCUAUUAUGAUACAAAACAACGUUGUUUAAAUCGUUUAAAGUCCUAUUUAUCUCAUCUAGUCAGUUUUAAACUAUCCUUUGAUUUAUUUCAUCAAUUUUUAUUAUUGUACACCUUUCAUUUCAAAACCAAACCAUCAUCGUCCAUUUCAAAUGUUAGUGAUGAUACGGAACAGCAACAAAGACGUAAAGGUUUUUGCUCAUUUUUGAUUCAAUUGUUAAACGAUAAUGAUUUACAACAAUUAUUUGAAUUUAAACUUUGUAAAGCAAUUUUGUCAUCACUUAUCGAAAUUUGUCCAGAUGAGCCGACCUGGCUCUGUUCAUUACCACCCACACGUUGUCUAUGUGAAAUAUUAGCCUAUUAUAUUGAUUCAAUUAUUUAUUUAGAUGAAUUAACACACGAACAAAUUCGUUUUUAUUACGAUUAUUUUACACUUAUUUAUAGUUUACAUGUGUUGAUUUAUAACAAUCGAAAAUUUCAAUUACAUUGGAUUUUUGAAACAGAAAGGUAUUGUGAUAACAUAUGUUGGCUUCAUUUAUUAGUCAGUUAUUCAAAUUGUUUAUGUCGAUUUUUAAUCAAUAAACAUAUUGAAAGCACAAAUACAUAUACUUAUGAACAUAUUUAUCGACUAGUCAUCAAAUUUAUCAAAUUAUUAAUUAUAUUUUCAACACAACAAGAUUUACAACUGAAAGAUAUGAUUUAUUCAUCGCCGACGUUGUAUAAUCUAUAUGAAGUGUUAUUAUUGACUAAUCAACAAAUAAAUGCGACCGCAGAACAACCAAAACAAGCAUUUGAAACUUCAAUUACAAAUGAUGAACAAUUUGUUUUCAAACAUAUUCGAAAUGUAGUACAAUUGACGAUAAAUUCAAAAACAAAAUUCUAG